GAUAUUCAUAACACUGCGUGAUUUUCAUGAUGAAGGCCGCAUGCUGUUUUCUCCUCAUUGUGGCUGCGGCCCGGGCGACAAUCUGCCCUCACGACGCCUGUGACAAUGCCGAGUGCGAGAAUCCUGGGCUCCGGGAUGUGGAGUGUGGACCAAACAGGUUUGAGCCGAAUGGCGGUGCUUGUGGUUGCUGCCCGACCUGUAUCACCCUGUUGAAGGUCGGAGAGAACUGUUCAGACGUUCCGCUGAUCGGUUUGAUGCAGACGUCCGAAUGUGAAGGGAACCUGAAAUGUGACUCUCUCACAAGGAAAUGUGAUUACCGAUGUAUCGAGGAACACGCCACCCAACAGGUCAACAUGAUGCCAGGGCAAUUCGUGCCGAGAUGUGAAAAUGACGGCAGCUACUCACCUUUUCAGUGCAGGGGAUCAGGGUGCUAUUGUGUGUCCAAAGACGGUACCAGAAUUCGUGGGUUCACUAGUGUCAAUAGAGGGGCGGUCCAGGAUAUGAACUGCAAAUGUGCCCGUGACAAACAUGAAUACAGCAAGCUGAAGAUCAUCGGCAAGCAUUUCAACUGCGCCAGUAACGGCAACUACGACAAGGUCCAGUGCAUGGGAUCAGUCUGCUUCUGCGCUGAUGAGAAUGGUCGGAUGGCCCUUGGUGCUCAGCAGGUCCCAAUCGGCCAGCAUCAUACACUAAACUGUUAGGAUAUCAGCGUUCCAAGGACGGCCAACAUGACUAAGUCAGCUAUCAGACAUGUGAUCAGGCAGUGAAAGCCAGUGUCUACCAAAUGAUAAUAUUGACUUUAAUGAGUUAAGUGCAUGUGGCAACCUCUAACACCACUAUUUUUUGACAGAUGCUCACUGAUCUGGGUCCAAUAAAGAAUAUUGACAUAUAAGGAAGACUUAUUCGGUCUGCGAUUUGCCCCAGAAUGAAGGUUCGGAACUCAAAGGCAAAACACGUUAAACACAUCUUGAAUUGACAUGGAUAUCUUUAUUAAAACAUAAACAACACAAUAGUUACAGUAUGUUAAGAAAAUAAGCAGAAGCAGAGACAGAGGCAAAAUUCUUCAUUUAUACAUUAAACGAAUAGAAAAAUAAAUGCAUUUGAUUUCUCUUGAGUGCGCGGGAUAGUGCUACAUGUAUAUGGUUCGACCAUAAACUGCUAAUCAAGUUAGUCAUCGGACGCAACGUAGAUAUGUGUAAUCUAAACUUGAAAGAAGUAUAUACGAAAUGAACAAUA